AUGCAGGGCCCGGGCGCGAAGCUCCAGCAAACGUCGGCCCUCACACCGUCACCGGAGAGGAGCUCUGGCGUCCCGGCCAGUCCCAGCUUGUCCCAGCUUUACCCGGGGCUGCCCUCGCGCAGGCGCAGUCGCGCCGCGCUCCCGCCCCAGCGCGCAUGCUCCGCCGGGCCGUGGCGCUCCCUGCUGGGGCCGGCGGCGGCGGUAGCGGAGGAAGUUGCCGCUUUGCACUCCACCCCGGUAGCAGCUCCGCGGCUGGGGACGGCUUCCUGCGGGUGCUCCGCAGUCUUCGCUGCCGCAGCCGCUCGUCAGUCCGACUGGAUCAUGGGGUUGCCCAAAGGGCCAGAGGGCCAAGGUCUCCCGGAGGUAGAAACAAGAGAAGAUGAAGAACAAAAUGUCAAGUUGACUGAAAUUUUGGAGCUCUUGGUUGCAGCUGGGUAUUUCAGGGCAAGAAUUAAAGGCUUGUCACCUUUUGACAAGGUAGUAGGAGGAAUGACUUGGUGCAUUACCACAUGCAACUUUGACAUAGACGUUGAUUUGCUCUUUCAGGAAAACUCUACAAUAGGUCAAAAAAUAGCACUAUCAGAGAAAAUCGUCUCAGUCCUGCCAAAGAUGCAAUGUCCCCACCAGCUGGAGCCCCACCAGAUCCAAGGGAUGGAUUUUAUUCACAUAUUUCCUGUUAUUCAGUGGCUGGUGAAGCGAGCUAUAGAAACAAAAGAAGAGAUGGGUGACUACAUCCGCUCCUACUCUGUGUCCCAGUUCCAGAAGACCUACAGUCUCCCUGAGGAUGAUGACUUCCUCAAGAGAAAAGAAAAGGCCAUCAAGACUGUUGCUGACCUCUCAGUAAGUUCCCCUGUCCAAGUCCCUGUGUAAGAGAAGAACGUAGGUUCACA